GGGUUUGGUUGCACACAGGCUGCAGUUUCAGUUUGUUUUAUUCACCAUUUUGAGUAGCUGAAGGUAAAAAAAAAAUUAAGAUUAUUUGCGUUGGGAGGACAAGUCGCUGUCGUACUUUUAUUUUCACGCGCUAGCUCAGACGGUGGAGUUGUGCGUCAACCUCGCUCCCCUCGGUGUUUUGCAGAGCGGGAAUCUACAUUUCUUUUUCCCUGUGCUUUUUUCUUCUCCCCCUUUCUUACAUCCUUAACCUCUACAGUAUUCCUGCAAAAUGUCAAGACCAGUGAGGAACAGGAAAGUGGUGAACUACUCACAAUUCAACGAGUCUGACGAUGCAGAUGAGGAGUAUGGUGACGAUAAGCCUAAGAAGGUGCGCACAGCCCCUCGUGAGCCCAAGCACAAGCGCUCAAAGAACUCACAGGACGACAGUGAGGACUCUGAUGACAAGCUCCCUAAACCCAAAAAUGAUUCAGCAGAUGACUUUGGCAGCGAUGACGAAGACAAUGACUUUGGAGAGGAGGAGGAUGAAGAUGGAGGAAGCGACUAUGAAGAAAAAAGAGGGAAAAAGGGAAAGAAAGGCAAGGUGGAGAAGCCCAGCAAGAGGGGGCCAAAGAGAAAACGGGCUGCAGAUGACAGCGAUGACGACAGGGAAGUGAGUCGAAAGCGUACAGUGCGCCAGGCGGCCUCCAAGGCUGUGUCCAAACAGAGGGAGAUCCUGCUGGGCGACGGAGGCAGCGAGGACGAGGAGCACGAAGACCAAGAGGAACCCUACAUGGACCCCGACGAGUCCGGCAGCGACGAGGACUUCAUGGUGGAGGACGACGAUGACAGCGACUAUGGUCACUCCAAGAAGAGAAGCAAGAAGGUGAUUCGACGGGGACGGACGGACAAGAAAGAGAAGAAGAGCCCUAAACCACGACUAAAGGCCACAGUGACACCCAGCCCAAUGAAAGGAAAGGGGAAGGGGCGCCCCAGCGCCAAGGCCCUGGAGAAGAGCUCACCCAAAGAGGAGGAGGAGGAGGACCCCGAGAGUCCCCUGGAGGAGGAGGAGGAGGAAGAGGAGGCCGAGAAGAAAGAGACCUCCCCUGCCCCCAAGACGACGAAGGAGGCUGCAGGAGGAGAUGAGGAAGAGGAAGACGAAGAGGAGGAGGACGGCUCAGAAGAGGAGGCACCCUCUGGAGAAGACUAGAAGAUGGUACCCGUUUGAAGCCCAUCCUCCAUGUCUCUCUCUCUGUCUCCUCUCUCUGUUUUUGUUUUCUUUUGUUGCUCUGCGUUUAGAUUUUUUUUUUCUUUUUCUUUUUUAUUGUGUGUUUUUUUUUUUUCCCUCCUCCUGGUGGCCUGGCUCAAUGGUUUGGACUUGGUUUGCUUUUUUCCUGGUUUGCCCCACCCCCCUCCUCCCACCCCCAAAUAAGACAUUGUGCUUGUGUGAUCAUACGGCGUAUACAAGGAGUUUUUACUGUCAGCAUUCAGCCUCACCCACCCUCCUGUCGUCAUCAUUUUCUUUCUGCAUUAUUUUAGUGUAAAAACUCAGCAAAGUUUCCACCUUUCCAAGAGCUCAGUGCUAGUGAGCAUCCGUCCUGAGUGUGAACAGACAACUAGUGUUUGUGUUUUUGUUUUUUUGUUUUUUCCUCCUCUGGGAUUAUCAGUGAUCUGACAAGACUGGCCGCACUAUUUUUUUCCCUGUUUACUUUGCUGAUAUCUGCGAUUACUGGGAGUAUUGUUCACAUCUUCCCAGUAUCAGUAACUAAGGCGCUGUAUUUAUAAAGCGAUGUUAAGUCAACAUGUCCUUUAUUCUCUCUCUGGUACUUGUGCUUUUAAAACCAGGAGCAUGUUUUAACAGGGCGUUGUUAGUUUUUUUGUUUUGUUUUGUUUUUUUUAAACCUUUUAAAACUGUUUUUUCAGUUAACACAGCAUAUUUUAAUUUUUGCUUUUAAAGAUCAUUCGACCUCUUUCAGAAUAUAUCCAUGCCCUGAACUCUCGCGUGGCUGUGUGGAGAAUGAAGUGAAGCGCAUUAUUUUGAAAAGUAUUCCACUUGUAGCUGCUGCUUAGAUCAACCAGUUUGAGGUGUGUUACUGGCAGAGUGGUGGGUCACCGCUGAGUGUUUGCUGCCACUGUCACACAUUUCAAGCCAACUUGUGUGUGUUUUUAUGUACCUGUUUAAAUUUGUAUGCCUGUGGGGUACUUCCUGUAAGAGGGCGUGGCUUUUCUUUUCUCUCGGCCCGCGGGCUGUCUCUGUGAAACGGUUUCUGUUGUUAUAUGUUGGGCUUUCUAAUGAUGCACCAUGCUACGUGAAGCAACCCCUCCCCCUUCCCCCCCACUCACCCCACCCUUUUCAGAAUACACCGACCGCCCCCCUCCCUGCAUGGCUACAGCAUCUUCUCAACAUUCAACCUGUUGUGCCAGGCACCCCUAAAUCUUUUUUUUGUUUUGGGUUUUUUUUUUCUUUUUUUUUUUUUAAGAAAUGCAAGAGAUGUGUUUUUUUUUUUUGUUUUUUUUUUUUGAGGGUUAAAAAAAAUGAAUGUUGUUUUUUCUCCUGUUGGUUCAUUGUUCUAAUUCUCUAUUCAGAUUUUUUUUGUAAUGUUUGUUUUUUAAGAAAAGAAAUAAAAUGUAUCUUGAUUUUAAAGAAAAAAGUUGAUCCUAUCCAGUCUGUUCUGCCUGAUGGUUGGACCGACCAUCCCUCCCUUAAUUAUUCCUGUCUUUACUCCUUUCUUUCUCUGCUCCCUCCCUCUCUCCCAGUCCCUUCAGCUUAAUGGUUACUGUUGGUAUCCAUGUCCAUUUGUUUCUUAGAGCUUUUUUGUUGCUCACAUUAGUAUUUCACAAGCUGAUACAUUUUUAAAUCCAGAAUUAUACAGUACUGAGGCUCAGAAAAGAUUGAAGGGACGAAGUGGGCAGCUCAGUAUAUAUCUGGCAUUCAUUUGUCUAUUAAUGCCUUAAUUUUCAUUGAGUUGAGUUUGAGUAGUGGCUCUGAUAUCAACACUGGAAGCCCGAGAAUGUAAUCUGUCCUCGUGUUUUAAGUCUUUGCUACAAGCAGCAAAUUAGGCUUAGAACAAGUCAACAAUUUGUAUGAUCAGCCGACCAUCCAAAGCCAUAAACGAUCUCAAAACUAGUGACUCAGAGAUCAGGUGCAGCACUUGUGAGAUUGUCCUUUUUUGCGAUAAGUAGUGUUUGAUGUCAAAGCAAAAAAAAAAAAAAAAAAAAAGGAAAAUAAAUAAAAAUAAGGAAAAGUUGCUGUUAAGAUCUUGGGAACUAAACCUCAUUUAUUAGGCGCUGGUCAGGAGAAAUUCUGAUUGGUCCCGAGACUGCAGCAGAAAUCAGUCCUGAAUGUGUACAGGACACACUCGAACCCAGUCCCUGGUUCUGAAGCACAUUUGAUUGUUUUACGACUGUCAUUAGCAGCUUAGUGUGUUUUUCUAUAUUCAGGUCCUAAAUUGGCACCCGGUCCUUAAUGUCAUUUUGAAGAUGAUUGGAUACAAAUAAGAAAAUAAAUAGGGGAGAAAAAAAAAAAUUAUUUAUACCAAUGUAAAGCUGCAAGAGCUCUGUUUGCAGUAGGAUCAGACACUGUCUUGUAGUUCACA